AUGUCUCUUGAUAACCCCCUCACAGUCCUCUACAAGGAGGUCGACGGCAGCAAAAUCACUACCGACCUAUAUCUGCCGUCGACCACCUCGGCUUCUCCGCAGAAGUAUCCUGUUGUCAUCGACAUCCAUGGCGGCGCCUUCAUGCUUGGCCACUCGCGCAUGGUCUCCCUGCCACAGGUCAACGACUGCCUCGAGCGCGGCUGGAUUGUGCUGGUCCCCAACCACCGAUUGUGUCCUGGCGUGAACUUGCUAGAAGGACCUAUGCAGGAUAUUCGCGAUUUGCUGUCAUGGGUGCACGAUGGGCACCUAGACGCUGUUCUCAAGGAACAGGGGGCGUACUGCGCGGAUUUGGAGAACGUCGCUGUUUUCGGAACAUCUUCAGGCGGAACUCUAGCACUGGGACUGGGUUGGAACGUCCCCAAGCCUGCCAAAGCCAUUCUAUCUCUCUACGGUGCCGUGCACUUCACAGACCCCCUGUGGACCAAGCCCCUCCCACAUGUCGCAGCCAAACUACCCCCGAAUCUGUCAAAAUCCUUCCUCGACAAGAUCUACGACCAGAAGCCCGUCCCGACCGACAGCUCAGUCUCUUUGGAAGGUCAGACCGAAUCCGGUGUCUCCAAGGGACCCGAUUUUUCAAAGCCCCGUGACGCUUUCGCAUUCACGCAAAUUGCCUCCGGCACUGUUCUCUCCGCCAUCUACCCCGAGUCGGCAAGCAGUGAUCCAGAAUUCAAGAAAGUCGAUCCUGUGCAGAAUGUCUCGGCUAGCUUCCCGCCAACGUAUAUCGUCCACGGACAGGCAGACACAAUGGUGCCAAUCGAGUUGAGUCGCGAGUUGUUGAAGAGGCUGCAGGAUUCCGGUGUGCAAUGUGGUAUGACAGAGGUUCCUAAUGAGGAGCAUACUUUUGCUGCGAUGAUGAAGGUUGGGUCGGAGACUUGGUGGUUGCAGAGACAGGGCUUUGACUUCUUGGAGGGAAUUAUUGGGAAAGGCCCGCAAUAA